CUGAGAUACCAACGAUCGACGCGGGUUUUAUAUUCAUUUCCAAUCGAUCGAUCGAAACGCAAAAGUGGAGCAAUAAAAUCGGAAGUCUUGGGAAAUCGCUAGAUAUAUAGAUAGAUAUUACUCCUCGAUAUGAGUGGCGUGCUUCGUCGCGGUUCCCUGAAUUUCGACUGUGUGGGCGGACCGAGGGACAAGGGCAGGGGCAGCCUGGAGGCGAACCUGUAUGGCGGAUAUCGCGAGACAAGGCCCGGCCCAAAGACCCCGGAAAUCAGUGUCAUAGCAUUGGACUUUCGUCGCUACUCCGAAGACCUCAAGAAGCCAGCCGCACAGGAGGAGCAGAGGGAGCAACCUCCAAAAAGGGACCUCAGCCAGGAUGCGGACAGCGACGUGAUAUCCAAUUUCCUGGGCCACUACACCCGCUGGAGCUUCCUGUGGACCCUGCUGCUCUGCCUCUUCCAGCUGCCCACCACCUUCCACCUGUUCAUGUUUGUCUUCCAGCUAACGGAUGUGAGUGGACCGGACGAGGCCUCGCCGAUGUUGGAGUCCGGCGAUAUGGAGGAGCUGGACCAGUUGCACACCAAGCUCCUGGAACGCCUGCUGGGCUGCCUGACUCCCUGGCAGGCCAGGUGGUGUGCCCUGCUCUCGAUCUUCCAGGCCAUCUGCACCUUCCACAUAUUCGUCUACGUGUUCCAGAUUGCUCCCAAAGACUUUUGGUGUGCGCGGCCGGACAACCUAAUGCAGAUGAGUGUCUCCGAAUGGCGUAAUAUCAGCCAGUCCUCAAAUGGUUGCCUGCUGCUCGAUAUGGACUUCACCCAGGUGACCUACGAGGAUAAUCAGCUGGUCAACUGGCCGGCAAAUGCUUCAGAAAUGGGUUACCGGCAGUGCCGGCACUUUGAGUUCUCCGACGAGGAAGGAUCUGCUAAGACUCUGGUCCAGGAGUUCGAGCUGGUUUGCGGUCGGGACAUCCUCAGUCUGGUGGAAACCUGCUUUCUGGUAGGCGCUGCAGCAGGAGCCGUGCUCAGCGGCUGGAUUUCAGAUCGCUUUGGCAGAAGGCACACCCUAAUGGCAUUCGUCACUAUCCAAAGUGUUUUCGGUGGAAUUUUGGCCUUCUCAACAUCGGUGGCCAUGUUCAUGUCGCUACGUGUUAUAAUUGGAUUCGCAUCAAUGACCGUGACUGUUGUGAGCUUCGUUUUGGUGGUGGAGCUGGUCUCCGGCAGGUGGCGCACCGUAAUCGGCAUUCUCAACAUUCUGCCCGUGGCCAUCUCGUACGUCCUCUCCGCCGGACUGGCCUACCUCAUCCGCGACUGGCGGCACCUCCAGCUGGCCAUCUCCUUUCCCUGGCUAAUCAUGCUCACAAUUUGGUUUUGGCUGCCGGAGUCGCCCCGCUGGCUUUUGGCCCAGGGUCGGUUGGAUGAGUUGUGCGCGCUAAUUGAGCGAGCGGCCCGAAUGAAUGGGACCAGCGGCACUUUGCCCAGUAACUAUCGCAAGACGCUCGAGGCGGCGGUUCCUCGGGCGGUCACCCAAUCUCCACCAGAAGCGGCGACCAGCGAAGAGGUGAAGGCAGCCGAAGCAGAGGCACCCGAUCACAGCCAUGUGAAUCCCCUGCUGGUGGUUUUUAGUGCCAAGUACUGGCGCACCACAUGCCUCACUUUGGUCAUCUGGCUCACCCUAAUCAUCAUUUACUUUGGCCUGACCUUGCACCUUAGCAAUUUGGGUGGCAACAUCUACAUCAAUAGUGCCGUGGCGGGAUCCGUGGAGGCCAUUUCCAUCUGCAUCAGCAUCUUGGUGGUUUUGAAGGUUGGCAUACGAAAAAGUCUCAUUGGUUACAUGCUACUGCCGGGUCUCUGCUGUCUGGCCACGAAUCUAAUGCCGAAUCAGACGGGUGUGAUUGCACUGGCCACCAUAGCCAAGUGCCUUAUUGGAGCCAACAACGCCAUUAUUCCCACCUACACUGCAAUGCAAUAUCCCACUAUCGUUCGCAACUUUGGCGUUGGCAUGGGCAAUUUGGCCUCGGGAGUGGCCCUAAUCCUUGUGCCCUUCCUCUGGCAACUGGAGCACAUUGAUCCCCUGCUGCCCUUGAAUGUUAUGGGAGUAAGCGGUCUGAUUGGCGCCAUUGCCAUCAGCCUUAUGAAGGAUGUGGAAUAGCCAGGAUCGGGAAUUGGACAUU